UUAGCCGCGAACGUGACGUGAAACGCGCCCCAGCAACUGCGCCGAGCGCCAGAGCGAGAGAGGGAGAGAGGAGCGGAAAACAAGGAGGAGCUAGCUGAAAAGGCAGCAACAAAGAAGCCCAUACCAUACACACAUUCACCCACACAAGCGCACGGAGAGAGAGACUGCAGCUGCGGGCGCUCGCAAAAGAGAGUAAAGCAUCGAUCGCGAGAGAGAAACUGUGACUGCAACUGUGACCGCGAGUGCGACUGUGACUGCGACUGCGACAGCGACUACGGGCAAUCGAAAACGGAUCCCAAAUGACGGAAUACAAACUGGUCGUCGUCGGUGCCGGAGGCGUGGGCAAAUCCGCGCUCACCAUCCAGCUAAUCCAGAACCAUUUCGUGGACGAGUACGAUCCCACAAUCGAGGACUCCUACCGAAAGCAAGUGGUUAUCGAUGGAGAGACUUGCCUGCUGGACAUCCUGGACACCGCCGGCCAAGAGGAGUACUCGGCCAUGCGGGAUCAGUAUAUGCGAACCGGCGAGGGCUUCCUGCUGGUCUUUGCCGUCAACAGUGCGAAGUCCUUCGAGGACAUCGGCACCUACCGUGAGCAGAUCAAGCGGGUGAAGGACGCCGAGGAGGUGCCCAUGGUGCUGGUGGGCAACAAAUGUGAUCUGGCCUCGUGGAAUGUGAACAACGAGCAGGCAAGAGAGGUGGCCAAACAGUACGGCAUUCCAUACAUUGAGACAUCCGCCAAGACGCGCAUGGGCGUGGACGAUGCAUUUUACACACUGGUGCGCGAAAUCCGCAAGGACAAGGACAACAAGGGACGAAGGGGUCGGAAAAUGAACAAGCCGAAUCGCAGAUUUAAAUGUAAAAUGCUCUAAACGGCCUCGCAUCGGUUAUUAUUCACUUUUUAUUUCAUCAAAUGUCGCCUGAUUGUCUGUAUGUGCGUCGGCGAAUCGCCGAUCGUCUCGGGAUCGAUGGUUUGUCCAUUCUGGACGGACACAAUUCGAAAAACACACACAUGUGGGAGCGUGUUGGUCGGUGCAAUUGUCAGAUAAAAAGAGAGAAAUUGUAAUUAAUUUAAGUAACUAGAGUUUUAUGUACGUCGAAAUGAUUUUGUGAAUGUGUGUGUUUUGUGUCGUUUGAAAGGCUGCGAGGCGCCCUUUUAAGAGUAUUAACAAUAACAAGCAAACAAAAACGAACGAAGCAAAUCGAAAAUGAAAAUGAAUAUGUACCUCUACAUAAAAACUAUGAAUACUGUUGUAACUGCCUUGGUUCAGCUGCUAUAUCCGUUUGUUUUCAACCAGCACUAAACUCGAUUCUAUGUUGUUUGUACUUUACCAGAUAGUCCGUGUUUGAACCCGAAUCGCGAUGUAAACAAAUAUUGUAAACUUUUCGAGCCCUGUUAUCAAUUGGUUUUUACCCGUCGCCAUAUACAAUCUUUUACCGCACACAUGCACGAGCAGAAUUCCAUUAGUAUUUGUAUUCAUUUCACAAUUAGGGAAGCAACAAACAAACAGCCGAUAAGCUCACAGCUCGCACAAACGAGAGAAUUCGCUAGCCCCAAACUAGAUUUCUGUUGGGCUAAACACAUUUCUGUGGUGCUAAGACGAUAAAGUUAAAAUCCGCAUGAGUUCUUCAGAA